CAAAAUUGACCCACAAAAGGCCAAAAAAAUAACCUCGGUUGAAAAAUGGAAACCUCCAGCGGUUCCGGCGGCGUCUCAGACGGCGCAUACGAGCUGCUGCCGCCGCUUUACUUCACUUUCACACUCAUUUGGGCUCUCUCCGCCGCUUCCUGGACCUUCAACACUUGCAUGAACGCCCAUUUUCAGCAGCCCAAUAAACUGCAAUGGAUGCUUGCCUCUGUGCCCUGGAUCAAAGUUCUUCAACUCUCAUUAUCUUUCCUCUUUUGGUAUUCCUAUUUUUAUUCAAAUAUGUGCUCUUUAUGGGUGUCUUUUGGGGUGUACAUAAUGGGAAUAGUAUUUAAAACAUCUGCAUUUGUGUCGUUUUUCCUCAUUUCCCACGGUUAUUGCAUCACGUGCCAUCGACUCUCAUUGUCCGAACGUCGAACUAUGGCCAUUCAAUCAUGUGUCUUCUACAUGACUCUCGUUGGCUACAGAGCUUCUGUACCGUAUUUUUCCGGGCUUUUGUUGGUCAAUUACCUCAUCGUGUUCUACGUGAUAUUCAACCACAUAUCACGAAAUCUAAAUGUUUUACGCGACCAAUUGAGCUUCAUAGAAGAUGAGAGUGUCCACGCAAUGCAUGAUGCCGUUUAUACGAAAUACAUCAUGUUCAAGAAAUUUCGAGGUGCAAUGAAUGUUGUGGCUGUCUCAGAACUUGCAGUGUUCAUAAGCAUGGAUAAUUCGUUGGAAAAUUAUUGGGAAAUGGAUGCGGAGUCUUUCAAAGAUUUUAGAAGUCAUGAAUGGCACAUUGGUGUGCCAACUUUACCACACAAGGAAAGUUUGAAGGACUCGGUUGUGGUUGUGAUCCGGCACCCGAAUGCAUACAGCUUAUCAUCGAUUGGCUCGUGAAUUUUUAAUAUUAGCGGCUAUACUGUACAGUUUUAGCUUGAUGAGUUUUGGUUAAUGAUUUGAUUUCUCUGGUUUUGUUGAAGCCUGUUUUAACACAAUGGUGUUGUUCAAGAAAGUGAUGGAAAUUGUAUAUUCUUCCUUUUUACUAUGAUGUUUUUGCAGUUCUUCAAUUUCUGUACAGACAAACAUGAAAAAGGAUAGAAGAAAUGCAAGGGAAGAAGAAAUUAAUUAAAAUCAACCACACAAUUUUCCUUCAUAUAUUACUUUAUUAUUAGUUUUAUUUAAAUUUACAUCUUUUUUCACCACAACAAGCGGUGUAGAUGGGCAGACCUCGAGCUUGAACUUUUAUCAAGUUGAGUCGAGUCUUGCAGGUUAAUUAAACAAGGUCGAUUUAUUUUUAUUUUUUUUAUUAUU